AUGCGAAUGGAACGUAUGGAAGCACCGACAAUGCGACCACUGCCAGGACGGUCUUGUACUUUCCGAACUGGGAUAUCUGUAAGUCAAAGCUAUGUUCAGAAGCAAUACCGAGCGCAUGGACUGACAGGAUUGCCUGCAGAUGGCCGCAACUACCAACCUCAAGACCUACCAAUCGAGAAGUUGACGCAUGUUCUGUACUCCUUCGCCAAUGUUCGACCGGAAACUGGAGAAGUGUACCUUUCAGAUACAUACGCCGAUCUGGAGAAGCACUAUCCGACAGACUCGUGGAGCGAUGUCGGCAACAACGUAUACGGUUGUAUCAAGCAGCUGUAUCUGUUGAAGCAGAAGAACCGAAACUUGAAGACGCUGCUUAGCAUAGGCGGUUGGACGUACAGCACCAACUUCCCUCAACCAGCAUCAACCGAAGCAGGCCGGGCCAAAUUCGCAGACUCCGCCGUCACACUCCUCAAAGACCUUGGCUUCGACGGUCUCGACAUCGACUGGGAAUAUCCCGCCAAUGCAGGCGAAGCAGAAAACUUCGUCCAACUUCUGCAAGCCUGUCGCUCCGCUCUCGACACCUACUCCCAAACUCUUCCCAACCAGCCCCACUUCCUGCUUACGGUCGCCUCCCCAGCUGGUCCCGACAACUACUCCAAGCUCAUGAUGCCCGAGAUGGACGCCCUCCUUGACUUCUGGAACCUCAUGGCCUAUGACUACGCCGGAAGCUGGGAUAAGGUCUCCGGCCAUAACGCAAAUCUCUACCGCUCUAAGACGAACCCCAAUAGCACGCAAUUCAGCACAGACGAGGCAGUACAGUACUACCUGAGCCACGGCGUGGCGCCCGACAAACUCGUCCUCGGCUUGCCCCUCUAUGGCCGCUCCUUCGUCGGCACCACAGGUCCAGGAACUCCCUACACCACCGUCGGCGAAGGCUCCUGGGAGAACGGCGUGUGGGAUUACAAAGUCCUCCCCCAAACCGGCGCGGUCGUUCAUUACGACAACGAGACCGUCGCAAGCUGGGCGUAUGAUGCCACUACGCAGACGAUGGUCUCAUAUGAUUCUCCCGAAGUCGUCGCUACGAAGGUCGAUUACAUCAAGCAGUACGGCCUCGGAGGCGCGAUGUGGUGGGAGGCGAAUGGGGAUCUUCCGGUGAAUAACACCGCGAGCUUGAUUCGGCAGGUGGCGAAGUCGUUGGGUCCGUUACAGGAGAAGGGGAAUGUGUUGAAGUAUCCUGCCGCGGCUUAUGAGAAUAUCAGGGCCGGGAUGAAGAGUCCGACGAAGGUUGCGAAGGGGUAUAGGGCGUGA